AUGCCUUUCAAACAGACUUUUGAAAAACACCUCAACAAAGAUCUCGAGUCUAAUCGCGACUCGGCUCUCUAUCCACCACCUCUUCCUCCUGCCGAUCUGGAGUCUCAGCCCUCUCCACCGACACCACCUCCCGCAGCUCCUCAGGUCUUCACCAGCUACCCAGAGCGCAGAGGCGGCAUCUAUGUCCCCACACCCUUGCUUAUUCUCCUGAUCCUGGUCCUGCUCUUCGAGUCCAGUGUUCUCUUCGUCUACACGAUCGUUGCCCUUUGGAACACUCUACCAAUCCCCGUCACUCAGCCUCACCUCAUGCCAUUGCCUCAACAGCAGAUCUGGCAACCAACCACCAUCACUUCAAUCUCAACAACAACUGAAACCUCUACGUUCAGCACAACGCUCAUCAGUACAACUACUUUGAACCUCUCGACCACUCUUCCAGCUUCUACAACUACAAUCUCCACGACUGUGGUCCCUACUCCAAGCACCAUCCCGCCUGUCACGGUCACUAAACCUGCUCCUACCAUUACCGUUACGAGUACUUUGACGCCUUUUGAGAUGCCUUCCAUCACUACCAUGACUAUCAUGAGUACGACCAGCCAGGCAGACAGCGGCAGCACCACUACAAGCACUACUGUCGUUACUGCUAAGUAG